CUGCGCAUCUCUAUCCGGAGCUCCAUUCCAUUCCAAUUCCCCAUUCCGAUCCGCCACGAUUCUUCUUCUUCCCACAGCGGCCGCCGCCGCAGGACACGCCUCCGACCGAUUACGAGGAUGCUGGCCAUCUUCCAGAAGCAGGUGGCGCACGCGCCGCAGGAGCUCAACAGCCCCCGGAGCGGCGCCGCCAAGCCCAGGAGCCCCGACGAGAUCCUGCGGGACUUCCACGCCGCGCACCCCGCCGACGCCUUCUCCACCUCCUUCGGGGGCGGCGCCGCGCUCGCCUGCGUCGGCGCGCGCGCCUGCCCGGCCGCGUCCGGCGGGCACCAGCGGAUGUUCUGCGGCCUCGACGACAUCUACUGCGUCUUCCUCGGCAGGCUCGACAACCUCAGCGGACUCAUCCGCCAGUACGGCCUCUGCAACAAGUCCACCAACGAGGCGCUGCUCGUCAUCGAGGCGUACCGCACCCUGCGCGACCGCGGGCCCUACCCCGCCGACCAGGUCGUCAAGGACCUCGCCGGAUCAUUCGCCUUCGUCGUCUUCGACAACAAGUCCGGCGCCGUAUUCGCAGCCCUGAGCGCCGACGGCGGCGUGCCGCUGUACUGGGGCAUCGCGGCGGACGGCUCCGUGGUGAUCUGCGAGGACCGGGAGAUCGUCAAGCGCGGGUGCGGCAAGUCGUACGCGCCCUUCCCCGUGGGGUGCAUGUUCCACAGCGAGGGCGGGCUCAAGAGCUUCGAGCACCCCAUGAACAGGCUCAAGGCGUUGCCACGGGUGGACAGCGAGGGCGUCAUGUGCGGCGCCACAUUCAAGGUCGACACCUUCACCAAGAUCAACUCCAUGCCACGCGUCGGAAGCGCAACAAACUGGGCCGCAUGGGACGAAGGCAUCUAGCUAGAUCAUAUUUUUCACUUUUUCUCUUUUUAUUAAGAGCAGCGCCGCUGCUGCACCAGCCAUGUCCGCGCCCUCCCUCCCUCCCUUCCUUCGUCGCCCGAUGUUUCUUUCUCUCCACCCACUAGUCUGGCUAGUGCUUCCACCGGAAGGCCAUGCAUGGAAGCAUGGCGUCUUUGUUGUACUGCUUGUCGUCGUUCUUCCUUGUGUUCGCAUUGUACAUUUCCCUGUGCUUGUGUCUUGUGGACUUGGCUGUUGAGCAUGAUCAAUAAGAGUUUGCUUCAAUCUAAAACGUA